UUAGUAUGUAGGUACCAGGCGGCGUCGUCCGCGUAAUUACUACCUCUCUUCAUCGCAAGACAUACAUGCAGUUCCUUGUCGUCUACCUACACCUCUGAAGGGGAAGAUCGCUAUCGAAGACACAAUACAUCGGCAAAACAGUCGUGAUCAGUGCUCGUGAGCUCACCUGACAAGGCUCAGCCUACCCGCACGGACGAUAGUGCCGAGGUAGUACGACGCGCUCUUGAACCAUCACUGUCAUCAUAUGAGGAACAUGCUGACACGUACUUGUAGCAAGCUGAACAAAACGGGUCCACCCUUGUCUAGCGUGAAGAGGCUUGAACGAACCGUAACGUCAUGUCGCCGAUUCAUUACUAGCCAGGGAAAUGCUCUACAAGAUCUCCCUCUUUCGGGCAUCCGCGUGCUCGAGAUAGGCCAAGUCAUCGCAGGGCCCUUCUGCGGACAACUCCUUGGGCACUACGGCGCAGAAGUCAUCAAAGUGGAGCCACCAAAUGUCGGAGACCCACUACGCGUCUGGCGAGAGCUGGAUGUUGACGGGGUCAGCCCGUGGUGGCGGAGCAUUGCCCGCAACAAGAAGAGUGUGACGAUUGAUCUUCGGAAAGAGGAGGGCAGAGACUUGGUCAGGAAACUCGCCAUCAAGAGUGACGUCCUGCUCGAGAACUUCAAGCCCGGAACCCUAGAGAAAUGGAAGCUCGGUCCUGAGGACCUGCACCCGCACAACCCGUCCCUCAUCUUCACCAGGGUCAGUGGGUACGGGCAGACAGGUCCCUGGGCUUCCCGUCCAGGAUACGCUUCCGUCUGCGAAGCUCAAUCUGGCUUCCGCUACAUCAACGGGUACCCAGACCCCGAGACGGGCAUGCUGGACGGCCCACCCGUCCGCCCAAACAUCAGUCUUGGAGACUCCGUUGCAGGACUGCACGCUGCGCUCGGAACGGUGCUCGCGCUUCUGUCUAGAAAAGCGAAGGAGGCCCGCGGCCAGGUCGGAGGGCAGACGGUAGAUGUCAGCAUUCUGGAAAGUAUGAUGAACCUGAUGGAGGGAAUUAUCCCGGAGUACGACCGCAAGGGCAAGAUCCGCGGGCCGUCCGGAUCCUCAGUCACAGGGAUCGUCCCGACGAACGCCUAUCCCUGCAAGCCUUCCCCGUCUUCGCCCGACAUACCCUCCUUCAUCGUCAUCGGCGCGAACGCCGACAGCAUGUACGUCCGGCUCAUGACUGCCGUCGGGCGGCCAGACCUCACCGGGCCAGCCUUCGCGCACAACCACCACCGCGUCGCACGGCAGCAGGAGAUCGAGGACGCCAUCUCAUCGUGGACGCGCGAGCAUACGGCGGAGGAGGUCGAGGAGGUCCUGCAGGGCGUUGGGGUCCCGAGCGGCCGCGUACUAAGCGUGAAGGAGAUCGUGGACAACCCGCAGGUCAAGGCGAGAGGGCUUGUCGAGGAAGUCUGGGUGGGAGAUGAAGCUAGGGAGAAAGGGUGGAACGUCAAGAUGCCGAAAGUGACGCCUGUGUUAGAGGGCUGCGACACGAAGACACGCUGGGCUGGUCCUGACUUGGGUCAGCACAACCGGGAGGUCCUCGUAGGCGAACUGGGGCUGAGCGAGGCUGAGUUGACUCGCCUUCAGGAGGACGGUAUCAUCGGCCAGUGUUGAUAGGACAUGUCUUCUGCGACGCAGCGAAGACCAGCGAUCAGUGGACUGCCUCGUUGCAGAUUGAACUAUAUUGUAUCUAUUGUAGCAAGCGCAGUGUGUUGUGUUACAAAGAUUGUAG